AUGUCAACUUCAGACAAUACUUCACCACAAUUACUUUCAGGGUUGACCUCAGCCGUCGAGUCAGGCGAUAUCGACCAGGUACGCAGCACUUUGCAAGCGUGGGAUAAUGAUGUCAGUGCGUCAGAACGGGAGCUGCGGCCAGCCUUUCGAAAGGCAUUGGAAGGAGGUGAUUUGAGUCUAAUUGACGAGUUCCUGCAUCGGAAAGUUGAUACCUCAGGCUAUGAGACAUAUGCCGCCAUGUGCAAGGGCAGCAAGGUGGCGAAAGUCGGCGAUAUCAAACUGUUUGAGCUCCUUGAAUCUCACGGCUGGGAUGUUAAUUAUGAUUAUGGACAUUUCGGGGACGUUCUGUGUUUUGCCGUCAUCCAGAAGAAUGAAUCUUUGGUAAAACACCUUCUCGACAAGGGUGCAGAUCCGACAAGGAACACAAAGGCGUCCAAAACGCCCCUUGAAUGGGCUGCGAAAUACAGCACCCCAGAGAUCCUAUCCCUGGUGGCAGCAGAGGCCACGAAGGAGCGGAUCAACUCCAGUAGAUCUCUGCAGCUGGCGGCGGCGGAUGGAGCUGUUGACAAGAUUGAUAUUCUGCUCAAUGCGGGCGCAGAUAUAGAUUCAAUUCCGGACGACUUGAGGAUUGAUCAUCCCGACGAAGAAUGUAUGACUGCGCUCCAUGCAGCAGUUGCCAAUAAUCAAGCCGCUUGCACGUCUCACCUGCUUGCUAAAGGGGCAAGGAAGGAUAUCAAAAACCAAGCGGGGUUGACGCCGAUGGAAGUAGCGAGUUCUAGCGGUGCUGGAGAGUGCACACGAUUACUUGAUGACUGA